AGGGCGGGGGCAGGCGGCAGCGAGAGGCCGAGCCCCCAGGAAUGAAUGAGAGCAGAGCAGAGCGGCGAGAGGCCCGCUCGGACACGGGUUUCCCAGUCGGGGGCUCGGCGCUGGUGAUCGGCGCAGGGAGUGGGAAGCGGCUGCGGGUUUAGGUUUUUCCCUCUUCUCCCUUCCCUCCUCCUCUUCUCCGCAGUGGCCGGGAUGCGCCGCUACCCUGCGCCCGGGCCGUGAGGGAGAGCAGGGCGGAUGAGGAGCGGGCCCCGGCCGCCUGCCGCCGGCUGUUGGUAGGAGCGCAGGGCCUGGCCACCGCGGCCUGACUCACCCGGGGACCCAGCCCGCCACGGCCCCUCUCCCUCAGUGAUGUGGAGGGCGAGCGUCUCCCCACAGCGACGUGCGGAGCAUGGAAACUCGCGACGCCCCAAAAGGUACAAACCGUGAGGAGCGGCCGGCGGCGGCGUCGAGUGGUGGUGCCGCCGCCGCCACCACCACCACCGCCGCCGUGCCGAGGCCGCCCGGCCUGCUGUGGGAGCCUAAGUACAGCCUGGUGCAGGAGGUAGGCCGGGGCAGCUACGGCGUGGUGUACGAGGCGGUGGUGAGGAAGAGCGGCGCCCGGGUGGCCAUCAAGAAGAUCCGCUGCGACGCCCCGGAGAACGUGGAGCUGGCCCUGUCCGAGUUCUGGGCGCUGACCAGCCUCAAGCGGCAACACGAGAACGUGAUCCAGUUCGAGGAGUGCGUGCUCCAGCGCAACGGCAUGGCCCAGAAGAUGAGCCACGGCAACAAGCGCUCCGAGUUCUACCUGCGCCUGGUCGAGACCUCGCUGAAGGGCGAGCGCAUCCUGGGCGCCGGCGAGCCCUGCUACCUGUGGUUCGUCAUGGAGUUCUGCAACGGCGGCGACCUCAACCAGUACGUGCUGUCGCGCAGGCCCGACUCGGCCGUCAACACCAGCUUCAUGCUCCAGCUGACCAGCGCCAUCGCUUUUUUGCACAAGAACCACAUCGUCCACCGGGACCUCAAGCCCGACAACAUCUUGAUCUCCGAGAAGUCGGGGGUUCCCAUUCUCAAAGUGGCCGAUUUCGGCCUCAGUAAAGUCUGCGUCGUGGGCGGUGGAGCGGCGAAUAACAAAAACGUGAACGUCAACAAAUGCUGGUUGUCUUCGGCCUGUGGCUCUGAUUUCUACAUGGCCCCGGAGGUCUGGGAAGGACACUACACAGCUAAAGCGGAUAUAUUUGCUUUGGGAAUCAUUAUAUGGGCCAUGAUUGAACGUAUAACUUUCAUUGACGCCGAGACUAAGAAAGAACUGCUUGGGACCUACGUUAGGCAGGGCAGUGAGAUUGUACCUGUAGGGGAAGCAUUGCUAGAAAACCCAAAGAUGGAACUACAUAUCCCGCAGAAAAGGAGAACUUUCAUGUCUGAAGGGAUCAAGCAACUAAUUAAAGAUAUGUUGGCUGCUAAUCCACAGGAUCGCCCAGACGCCUUUGAGUUAGAAACUAGGAUGGAUCAGGUCAUUUGUGCUGCAUAAAUUAUCUAUUGUACAAUGGAAACUUGUAAAAGGUUGGAUAAAUUAGAACGCAAGUUUGUUCUCAAGUGGAUGGAACUUUUCGUAGAAAUUAAGCUCAACAGCUUCCUUAUUGUACAAAGUUUGGAGACUUGCUACAUUUCGAGCUUCAGUACUAGCUGAUGUCAGGACAAGGAAAGCUAUGCAAUUAAAUUGCUAGGAUUUUUUUGGGGGAGGGUGGUGAGAUGUUGGUGGGAGGACAUUUUGGGGGUUUGGGGAAGAUGUUGACCAUGCAAUUAAACCUGUAUUUACACUAUUUGAUUGUACCUUCACUUUAUCUGAUUAAAUGGUGUCCUUGAAGAUUUAAUUGGGUGGAUUGAAUUCUUAAAAGUUGUUUGACCCUUGUGUUUGUAUUUUUUUUGUAAAGCCAUGUGAUUGACAAAAAUUAGAGCAGUUGCACUUGUCUUCCAGUAUGAUUUAGUAUGAUCAGCAUAAGUGACCAGAGUGCCUUAAAUUAUUUUAAAUUCAUUGAUGCUAAAUUGAAUCUAAGAAACUUUUAGAGUUACGUACUUUCUUUUCCCCCCUCUGUUAAUGUAUUGGGAGCUGAUUCUGAUGGUGUGGGUUGAAAUGUCUCUGGUAAGCUGAAAACUGAGCAGAAGUUGGCUUGGCCAUAAAUUCAGUAGCUCCAUUGAAUUAAAGUUGAAUAAACGUAACUUUGGAAAUUGAAGGUAAACACUGGUCAUCUUGCUCCAGCCUUGCCCCAUCACCUCUCCCCACCGCUUCUAAACAAUGGAAACUGAAACUGGGUUAGAUAGGGUUUUAAGUAUUUGGAACUUGAGGAUAAAGCAAAUAAACCUAAUUGCUCUGCAACCAUAGUUUAAAAACCACAGCAGUCAAUUUUACAGGUCAUUGGGAUGGCUAAUAUGGAAAAUAGUGUGGUGCAUGAUUUUCUUGAAGUAUGUCAACUUAAUCUCAAUCCAGUGGUGCAGAUUUGAGACUAAACUUUUCCAAAUUUUCAGCAUUCCUAAUUUUCCACCAGUGUCUCUAGAAAAAUUGAAUGCUGAAAUUAAGGUGUGCUAGCCUCUGCAUCAGGAAUGGACUCUCAAUUUUGGUACUAUUAUCAAUUACUGUGCAAUAAAUGACCUGAAGUUCUUGAUGCUGAGACUGUGUAUAUCAAAGUAGAAAAGCUUAACCCUUGAACCAUUCUUUAGUACAAAGAAAAGUAUCCGUCUGUUAACUGGUAAUUAGAAUAAAUUGUUUUAUUUUUUGCCACUAGCUUGAACACAUGGUAUGGAGGCUGGCUCUCCAAAGUAUUCUGAAGGAUUCCCCAAUACUAAAGUUGCUACUAGGAUAAAAGCUGAGAAUUAUGAACUAGGAUAUGCAGGUGCCAUGAACAUAAGCAUCAGCUUAAAAUCUGAUGAUGAACCAAUUUGGUGUAUUUCUGAAGUUUGGUGAUCACAUUCUAAUUGAAUCUCCCACCUUAACAUCAAAGGCAGUUCAUUAUUUUCAAAGUCAGUUGUAAUAUCAGAAUCAUCUUGAAAGGCUAAACUUCAUGAAUUUAAUAUUGCAGUGUGAAAAGUAUUUCUAAACAGCCUUCAAGCUUUGAGCAUUGGACUCUAGAUGUAACCUAGACAAAAUAUUUGGAAACCAUUUUUUUUAAAUUCAAGUUUGUUUAACGUUACCAUAUGUAUAUAAACUUAAUAGAUGGCUUUUUUCUUUCAGCAUAUAAUACCGAGUAAUCAUUUUGAACAGUUUUCAAGAUCAAUUGUAAAGUAUUUUUUGUCCAUAAAUAAUCUGUAAAUAUUUGCCUUUUUGAGAAAGUGGCCAUUUUUACUUCAUAUUUCUACAAUGAAUGUGGUUUGCACUUGGCUUUGCUUAAAUUUGUAGCCUAAGCACUGUAAUGCAUCACUUUAGUAGUGAAGAUCUGGAGAAAUUUUAAAACACUGGCCAUUAGUUACAAAAAAAGUUCUGAAUCAAAAUUGCCAAGGUGAGGGUUUAUUGUUUCCAGAGAUUUAAAAAGAAUGAUCUUAAUUUUUCAUACAUUUCCUUUAAUGGAUCAGAGAAAUUUCAAGGGUAUCUUUGGGUGUUGGUUGUACAUGCAGGUUUUCUCCUAAAUUUGGGGAUUCAAGGUUUAACUUUGUUCACUACUACAAGUUAGCCAUAGCUGCAUAUAUUAAAUGAAGUGUUAAUUUAUUUCUUGAAAACUUAGCAUUGUUAAAUUUAUAUUACUUAAGAAUGCUCCUCUAUUUAAAAUCCACAUGAUCUAAUCCAGUUAGAGGAGAAUGCAAGGAUAUCAUUUUAAAGUUUGGAAAAGAGCUGAAACUUGCAGAAUUAUUUAAUUAUUAUUGUCGUAAUUGGAAUCCUUAAUCUGUAAAUUGAGUCUAUAACCUAAGUAUUUCUAUAUAUGUAGCUGAUUAAACCUGCACCAAAUGAUACUGAUUUGCAGUGACGGAUUUCCAAAUGCUAUUUCCCCAUCCACCCCCCCCCCUCAGUUUGGGCAGGUAAAAUGGGUACUUGCUGAUAUGUGAAAAAUUUUAUAAUUGACAGUAAGACUCACUUUGUCCCUUGAACAGUAUUUUAUGCUGAAUGUACUUUGGGUAUCUGUAAUGUUCUGUUGCAUAUUUAGUGUGCUAGAACUUGGAAAGUUAUUUAAAGGAAAAAAUAGUUCUUGUGUUCUCCAAUAAUUCCUAGAGCUGAAAGAUAUCCUACUCUAAGAACAUUUGUAGGGUUCAAGGCAUAUUUCUCUAAGAUUUAAAAAAAACAAUUGCAAAACUACCAAAAUAUAUCUUUAUAAAAAAUCUUUUUCUAAAGCCAAGAAUACUCAAAACUUUGACUUUUAAGGUGAGUUAAUAUAGUUUUGAAUGACCUUGUCUACAGGUUCAAUGUGACCAUUAGAACAUCGGGAAGUAAGCCAAAUUUCAAAUAUAAUUGGAGGCUUAAUUGGAAAAAAGAUGUGAAAUGUAUAUUGAAACUAAACCAUUGCUCCUGCUAAUGGGAAGAACAUCUCAGUGACUAAUGUUUUUGCCCAACUUGCAUUAAUUACAAGGUGAUUGACCAUCAGACAUAAAUGUAUUUGCUUUUCCUUUUGCCAUGCAAAUUUAAUGUCCUUCCUGUAGUUUUAGCAAUUGCUGUUUAAGUUGCUCAGUAUGACAGAAUGUGGCUUUGAUAUUGAAGGAAGAUGGCACUUGCAUAUUGAGACCAAAUCCAAACUGAAGAUCUUCAGAGUUGCAGUGCUUGUUAAUCUAUGAAUGAACAUGUCAUAGUUCGAUGUAAUGAGUGCUGUCCUCUACCAUUUAGCUUGUGUAACCGUGUGGACGUGUUGCAACAAAUCUUCGUUUUGCAAUCUCAGCAGCUGAAAUACACAAAAAAAAACUUGUCUGUAGAUGAGCUACUCUUUUCAAAGUUACUUGGGAAUGUGACUCUGGAAAUAAAUGGGAGGGAAGAAAAUGAGGGAACAGAUUCUGUGAGCAUUUUGUACAAGGACAGUGCUGGUUGUGACUGUGAGCAUUUGGGACAUGUUUACUGAAGCGUUUUAUGUGGUUUACAGAAGGAUUUGCUUCAAGAGAAUCCUCGUUUGUUUCUACCUCGUAUUCAGGGUGUCACCCAAGUCUUGCUGGAUGAUGUAACACUGCUUGUUCUCUGUAUGGUUGAUUUUUGCAAAUACAUUAAAUUGUCUCCAAGAAUCUUUAUAAUUCUAUGCAAAUUUUUUGUAUUCCAAUUUGAAACACUGUAAUACCAUAAUAUCUUUAUGUUGGUCCCUCUGCAUGGAACACAAACAUUGUGGACCAAUAUUGAGUGUUGUUUGAUUUUUUUUUGUAUUUAACAUGAUUUGUAGUUUGGACUGGAGCCAUUUGAAUCUUCAAAUGUUGUGUCUUGGGAAGAAAUUUUGACAUUUGUUAUUUCAGCAAUAAAGGGUUUUGAAAUGUC